AAGAUCCGAGUGAAGGUCGCCAUCGAGAACCAACCAUGCGUGAUGGAAGUCGACUCGGGGUCGUCUCUCUCGAUGGUUUCCUGGAAGACCUUCAAACAACUAAUUCCGGCCAUCCGUCGACAGGACCUCAGCCCCCAAAGGAUCAUACUCAAGGAUUACCAGGGCAACAGAAUCCCGGUCGUCGGGUCCAGCCAAGUCCAAGUCUCCUUCAAGAAUCAUAUCGCAUCACUACCGCUGACCGUCGUCGACCGUGACCGGCCUAGCUUAUUAGGCCUACAAUGGUUCGCCCCGCUCGGGAUCGAAGUAGCCGGCGUCCACCGAGCUGAGAGCAACGACUGGGAGGAGUCUCUCGUCCAAGAAUUCCAGGACGUUUUUUCAGACGAGCUAGGCAAGUACAAGGGGACCCCAAUAUCGUUUAACCUCAAUCCUGAAAUAGCUCCCAUCCGCCUUAAGCCUCGUCGGGUGCCUUUUGCACUAAAACUAAAGAUCGACGAGCAACUCGAUAAAUUAAUAGCCCAGGGCAUUUUAGAACCAACCGACCAUGCCCGUUGGGAAACCCCAAUUGUAACACCCAUUAAACCAGAUGGAUCGUUAAGAAUUUGUGGGGAUUAUCGGGCCACUUUGAACCACGCACUUCAGCAGAGUGCUUACCCGGUGCCGGUGGUUCAACACUUUCUCCACUCCCUGGGUGGUGGGAAGAUAUUCGCUAAAUUGGAUUUAGCACAAGCGUACCAACAGUUGCCCGUAGGUGCGGAAACUGCGGAAGCACAAACUAUCGUUACGCAUAGAGGCGCUUUUAAGUGCAAUAGACUCCAAUUCGGAGUGAGCGUAGCUCUGGGAAUUUUUCAAAGUUUAAUGGAGAGACUCUUACAAGGCAUAAAAGGGGUCGUGCCAUAUUUUGAUGAUGUUUUAAUCACCGCCCCUAAUAGAGACAUCUUAGAAAAGCGUCUCAGAAUGGUUCUAAGGAAAUUUAAAGACGCCGGCCUGAAGGUUAAAAAAAAUAAAUGUCAACUGUGUACUGAGAGGGUGGAGUUCCUGGGAUACCUUCUCGAUAGUCAAGGAAUCCAUCCCACUGAUAACAAGCUAAAAGCGAUUAAAAACGCCCCAACGCCUAAAAAUAGAACAGACCUCCAAGCCUUUCUGGGGCUCAUUAACUUCUACAACAUUUUCUUGCCCCAGAAGGCGACUGAACGCGCCUUCCAACAAGUGAAAGACUUACUAACCUCCGACGCUGUUUUGAUGCAGUACAACGAGACUUUACCCUUAACUAUUACUUGCGACGCUUCACCGUUUGGAGUGGGAGCAAUCUUAAGCCAUGUACUACCAAACGGACAUGAAGCACCUAUUGCGUUUUUCUCACGAACACUAUCAAAGGCUGAAAGGAACUAUAGCCAACUCGAUAAAGAGGCCCUUGCUGUUGUGUCUGCAGUGAAGCGCGUUCACGAAUACGUGUAUGGACAAGCAUUUACGAUAGUCACAGAUCACAAACCAUUGCUUGGUAUUAUAGCGGGAGACAAGCCAACCCCCUAUAUAUUAUCGCCAAGAAUGACUCGUUGGUCUGAGUUCCUAGCUGCCUACAAUUAUCUGUUGCAACAUCGCCCGGGGAAAGCCAUUCCCCACGCUGAUGCGUUAAGCCGUUCCCCAUUUCCAGAAACCGUCAACGACCCAGCUCCAACCCUCACGAUGCUCCAAAUUGAAACGCUGCACUCGCCGCCACUAACAGCGAGAGACAUCGCCAUCGAGACGAAACGGGAUCCUGUCCUGGCACGAGUUCUCAGCUGGGUCGAACGAGGAUGGCCAGCUGACCAAAUCCACGACGAUUUCACACCAUUCAAGAAUCGGCAGACAGAGCUUUUCUCCCAGAGAGGCUGCGUUCUCUGGGGGGAUAGAGUAGUCGUCCCAGAGAGGCUACAACAGACUGUUUUAAAAGUAUUACACGAGGGACAUCCGGGCAUCGUGCGCAUGAAGGCGCUCGCACGAAGCUACGCGUGGUGGCCGGGCAUCGAUAAG